GAGAGAGAGAGUUGGGGGAGGAGGGCAGUGCUCUUGUUGGGAGAUAGGGAAUGCCCGUUAGUUGCGUCUACCGAUAAUAGCACAUCAGCCAGAGCGGUGCUAUUGGGAGAGCAGAGCACAGGCAGUGCGGAGGACUGAGCUGCUGAGCAGAGAAUGGUACACUAGAGAAGACAGGCACACUCAGAAAGAGACAGAGAGCGAUAUAGUAAGGGAAUAGGGUGCGCAUCAGAGAGCACGUUGAGAAGAGGAGAACGAGCAGAGCAGUGGAAAGAGGAGAGGAGAGUGAGGAAGGGAGAAAAGUUACCAGGUCAGCAAGACAACGUGGAAGUGGAGCAGCUGAGAAUCAUUGGGGUCUUUCUCACUCUGGAACAGCACGGCACAGCAAUAAGCAGCGCAGGAGGAGAGUGAUAUUACAAGAGGGGACAGAGGGAGUACUAUAACUUCUUCCUGGGAAGACAGUCCUGUCAUUAGGCGAGGGGUAAUGCUCCUCACAGGACCCUUCUGCACAGCUACUUCAGGACUAUCACUGCAAGACAGCAGCAGCAAGCAGAAGACACUUAAGCCUGGCAGAGGUGCCUGGGCAGUGCAGUUCUACUCACUUCUGUACUGAACACUUUCUUACCCAACUGUGUGCUUUGAGGUGGAUGCAGUUGUGUUUCUGUGAGGCUUUUAUCUUUUUUUUUGCUUCAGAGUGUGAAGCAGUGGAGAUUUGGUGGGUGACUUGUCCUGUCCUGUCAUCUCUGAGACUAUGGUAGACUGUGCGUCAGGGAGCCUUUCAUCAGCAGCUGCAGCUUUAGAGCAUGGAGAAGUCCAGCAGUGAGGAGUCAGCCAUUCACCGUAGCCCCUCCGUAGAUAGCCGUGACUCCGAUUUUGCUCAAGCCUCCACGUCUGGCCGCCCAUUUGGCGGCCGCGGCUUCACUGCCGGUGCAUUCUACGGCUCCACGGGGCCGCGCAAAAACGCACAGCAGGGGCAGGCUGGAGCAGCAGCUGACGCCAGCGCAGGAGACAAGACCAACAACAAGUACAGCUCACCCAAAGGCAGCAAAUACGUGGUCUUUUACCUGGAUCUAUCCUUUGUGUUCCUUUUAGAAUUCAAGAAGUGCAACAUGGCAAGAGGCUGCCUUUGCUGCUUGAAGUAUAUGAUGUUCAUCUUCAAUCUCAUCUUCUGGUUAUGUGGCUGUGGGCUGCUCGGCGUGGGCAUCUGGCUCUCUGUGUCUCAGGGCAGCUUCGCCACCUUCUCACCCUCAUUCCCCUCACUGUCAGCUGCCAACAUGGUCAUCGCCAUCGGCGCCAUCGUCAUGGUAACGGGCUUUCUCGGUUGCCUGGGUGCCAUCAAGGAGAACAAGUGCCUGCUUCUGAGCUUCUUCAUUGUCCUGCUGAUAAUUCUCCUGGCAGAGCUGAUAUUACUCAUCCUGUUCUUCGUGUACUCAGAUAAGGUGAGUGAGAAUGCCAAGCAGGAUCUGAAGGAUGGGCUGGCUCUCUACAACUCAGAGAAUAACAUAGGCCUGCGAAAUGCCUGGAACAUCAUCCAGGCAGAGUGGAAGUGCUGCGGUGUGAUAGCAUACACCGACUGGCACGAGGCCCUGCAGGAGAAGGUGGUUCCUGACCGCUGCUGCCAGGAGCAUUACCAGAACUGUGGGCGUAACUCCACCAACAUGUUCUGGAACAGGGGCUGCUUCGAGAAAGUGGAGGAAUGGUUGGAUGACAACAAGCACCUGCUGGGAACCAUAGGCAUGGUCAUCUUGGUAGUGCAGCUCCUGGGCAUGGCGUUCUCCAUGACGCUGUUCCACCACAUCCACAGAACGGGAAAGAAGUACGACGCUUAGCCUUGAGGGAGGCACCCAGCGGAGAGGAGCCCCACUGCCUGAUGGGAUAAGACUCUGAUUUAAACACCCCUGCGUCCCCGCACCCCACCCCCACCCCACUUUACAACCUCUUUAAAGCAUCCUCUGACCCCCCCCCUUCCCAGAUCUUUUGUACAGAUUCCAGCUGUGUCCCCGCUCUCUUCUUCUCUCCCCUUUCACCAUUCAUUUUGCCAAAGAGUAACACAACUGGAAGAGAAAGGACACCUACUUUUGGCAAGGAAGAGAAUCCCAUUGGUUGUCACUCCUCUUGAGUACAUUUCUAUUUUAUUUUAUUUUAUAUUUUUUUUGCUUGGACUAACAUUUUGCUGGAAGGAAGGACAGACUUUGAGACAAUGAAGACUUUACUAAUGCCCACACACCACACUGAGAGGCAAAGAGAACAUAUGAAACUGAUGAUACCCUCCACCCCUUGUGGAAUUUUUUCUUUUUUUCUUCAUGUUGAUUAAAGUCAAGCCCCCUUUUCACUUGUAAAUGAAAAAAGUUCCAACAUGGCAUGCUAGUUUUCUACUUUACAGAUUUACCUUUGUUGUCGAAAUGUCAAACGUCUUUAUUUUGUCUUGUUUUUUUUGUAAGUAUGUCAUUGAUGCUCAUGUGAACACAAGUGUUAAACAGAUCGGUGCAAUGAGCUCUCAGACAUGCAGUGUGUUUGUAUGUGUGUGUGUGUGUGUGUGGGGGCGGUUUGGAUUUGACGUGACGUUGCUGCAUAGGGGCACAGACAUGUCGGGGUGCUGUUAAAUGUAAUCUAUGAUUCAUAUGUUUUUCAUCCGGCUAUAGAGCUUUGAGCUUUGGGUAGAAUGAACGUGUUGUAGGAACGUCAUGUGAGCACGAGGAAUCAUCAGUGGAUUUAUUUCAUACCAAAUUCUGCAGUAUCCUCUCAAUAAUAAAUUGUAAUGCACAAAUCUGUCAGUGAACACCCAGACACAAACACACUUUGUACUGCCACACAGCAGCAGUAUUCCCAUUCGCUGUGAGACAAUACAAAUGGUGUAAAAUGGGCUGUUUAUUAGGGCCCCACCAGGACUGUCAAGUGAAGAGAUCUGGGUAAUGAAGUUACCCCUUCGAGAAUACAUACUGAAUUAUUUGUGUGCGCGUGUGUGUGCGCAACAUUAGUUGGGGUGUUUUAUCAGAUUGUCCAAGGUGCAGAGGAAAAAAAUCAGGCCAUAGAAACACACAGAAGUAAGGGCACAGGGGGCUGAAAACAGAGCAGACAUGUUGUCUCCCUGCUGCCAUCAAAUGCGUCAGUGGAAGCGGCGAGAGACUUUUUCUUCUAUAUUCUUGAGAUCUCAUCCAUUUGCUCUGCCCUCCUCAUUCUUCCUCUCUCCGGCUGUCAGCCCCCCCUUCCAUUUCUUUUUUUUUCGCUCCAAUUUUCCUUCCCACAUGUCAGAAAGCAAUGAGCUUCACACUCCAUACGUGCACACAGUACCUCUGCUGACAUUCCUGUUCAUCACAAGGUUACACCUCAGGUCUGCAACUUUACCCAUUUUACGUACACUUCCUUUUCUAGCAGCCUCAGAGGAGGGGGCGCAGGCAGAUCAAAGCUGAGACAGAUAGGUAUGGCAACAUGCCCUGUAGAACAUGUCUGUUUACCACUGAUUCGCUGCAAGAGGCCUGAGCACAAGCCUGCCACCUUAAAACUGAAAAUACUCUUCAAGCUGUGGCGACUUCAAGAAAAUGCCCUCCAGUGUGUGUACUCUAGGCUUCAAAAUGCCUGUGAGUAUAUGAGAGGCGGUGGGGUAAAGGACUAGCUUAAUGUUAAACGAUCUGCUUAGGCCAUCAUGUAUGACAACAACAUACUCACCAAAGUAAAUGCUGAGGUUUGAGAACAUGCCUACAACAUUUCAACAAUGUCCAACUUGGACAAGACACAAGCGAGCAGACAGGUUGUAAACAAUACAACAGGAUAACCAGAUUAGCUACCACUUCAUUCACAAAACGAAAUGUCUCAAUAUCAGUAGUAAUCCAUCAUUGCGCUGGAAAACUGUAUCCACACAUCUACAGCAAGCAAAACACAAAGCUGAACCUGAAAAUCAGUCUGUGGACAGUUUAUAAUUUAACUGUUCACCAUUGUUUGUGGCUACUUUGGGAGUUUGUUUAAUGAUGACUGACUGCUAAUGUUCCAUAGGAUGAUAAUCAGAAUUGCCAUGUUGCUUGUGAGACUGGAUUGUGUCCAGUGACUUAUCUAUCUGAUGUGACAGUGUCCUUUUCAGUUGACACAAGUGUGACUGCGAGAAGCUGUUGGCAUCUUUCACAAUGGUUGAAGAAAUAUGCAAAUGCAUUCAUAGAAGUGUUUUCAAUUACUCUGGAUGAUUAGACCUGUCCAUUGUGGGAAAUUUCACACUCAGAAUUCAGAUUGAGGAAAUGUGGGACAGUGAAAAUAGUGCACUAUUUAGCAAAUGGAGAUUUUGGAAACAGCCAAUUUUUCUGACUCCGGCACAGGAAGACAUCUCCAAUCUUUUUCCUUCUACAACCAAAAAAACAGCCAUCAGUGGGUACAAGAGCAGACAUAUUUCAAUUUGUGAAUUCUCCCAGAUCUCAGCAAAGAACUUACAGUACUAUUACUGAUAGGGAUGAUGGCCAAAUCCACAAAAAUAAGACCAUGAACUAGAAUUAGCCUUUAAUAGGAGAACACAGGUGAUCAUUUGUUUGCUGCUGUUGGAAACCGAGUAGAGAAAUCAUUGGGACCAGAAGUGGCUGUUUUCUAAAUAGUAUCCAAGGUAAUCGAUGACAGGAGUGUUUGUUGCUUUGGAAGAAGCCUUGGAACUCAGACACUGUGCAUUGCUGCUAUAUGGGCAAACAAAUGACACAGCAAGGAAAGUAAAAAUGACCCACAAAGAUUCACUCAUUGGACAUUUUUCCAGUCAGGCAGCCUGUUGAGUCAGCCUGAGUACCCCCUGAAGUCAUUCUUAGCUUUUUAUUAGUUUUAUAAUGACUUAAUUGGAGAGACAACGUUUUAGGACAAGCAGGGUUCGUGCGUCAGGAAACAACAGAUUUGGGCUAUGAUGUGCAGCGACCCUGCUGGCUGUGAUUCACUGCCUGCCCCCCAUAUGCUCCAACUCUUCUUGUUGUGUCCACGGGGGGAACAUGACAGCUGCUGAUGUACAGCGCAGGCACGAGUGGUCACAUCUCCUCUGCUUGGCUGCCUCCACAAACUCUCCACACAUCCUUUAUUUACUGCCUCGCUCUGCAGACACCCGGCACUACAUAUACAGUAGCUGGCAGCACUGAAGAAAUACAGCUGUGCUCUUUGGAUGCCUCGAAGCAGCUGUGAGGUAUAUUCUGCACCCGGGAGGGGUUGUAGGAGAAAUGGCUGUAACCGUUCUGUAAAUCAGACUGCAUUGUAACCUUACUGCAGACAAGAAGUUCAGAAGAAACCCAAGUAUAUAAUAUUUAGUUGUGUUGCUUCGUCUUGCAUUGGGGGGGGGGGGUUAAACGCAGAUGUCACCGAAAAUGUGACAGUGGCAGAAAUAAAACAAAUCCAGUGUCUGCCUCGAAAUCUGACGUCAAAUUUCAGAGAGCCAGCCUGCAAACCCUGGAAAUCUUUGCCCCUGACUGAUCUACCGGUGCUGACAUUCAGACAUUUUCUGCUCUGUGUGAACUCCCUUUCAACUCUGCCACUAGUUUUCAUGGUUUUGUCAGAGAAAAUGUCGCUUCAUGUUUCUUAGAAUGCAGGGAUGAAUGCCAUUUUAACAAGAGCUGUUUAAUGAUGUUAUUUUUGUACAUUGGUUGUCGCUGUUUUAAUGUUUGUUUUUAUACGAUAUACUGGUGUUUUGCUUGUUGUAGGCUGCUUUUAUUGGCUUUUUUUUUUUUUUUUCACCAUUCGUGACACAGGCUCAUAUUCACUCAUUGUGAGAACGUUACAUUAAGCAUUUGUUUUUCAGAGGAUUAGUCUUUGCGAUGUCCCUCUACAAGGUGCAAAAAUGCCUUUCUGUCUUAACAUUGCUACGGGCAGUUAAAGCAAUUAAGUCAGAAUUGAUAGAAAGAGGAAAUUUGUCAUAUAGCAUCGGGUGAAGCCCACAAAAGACAUACUGCACGCUUGUCGUCGUGCUUCUCUGUAUUAGGACCUAGUUUAAUUAAAUUAGGACGUGCUGGUGUAAUCUGCAGUAUGUCAUUUAAAACUGCCAGUGUAAGGCCCCAUUAUGUAUUUGUAGAGCAUGAUCUAUUAGACGACACUGCACAACACAGAGCUCAUGUCACCACAGUGUAUCAGCCCUGUACGUUAGCCCCGGAUGUAAAUAUGCUAAUUUUUACAACUGAUGUAACUUACUGUCAUACUUUACGUCCGCCACUUGCAAUCAGUUUAGUUGCCAUUUUUUAGUUCUGAAUUGCCUAACAACCCAUGCUCUUUUGUGCUAAUUUACGGACACAUCUUCCACCUCUAUGUUAUCCAUUUAGUCACUUUUGAUUUGUUGUUUUUCUGCCUCUGGUUUCUUCUUUUAAAGUACAGGAGCAGUGUAAAUUUGGUGUAAAUUUGUGUUUUUGUCAGUAUGGUUUUCAUAUUUUAUUUGACUGCAUUUGCAUCUUGUACUAAGAUACAUUUUCUGUAUUUUUUAUAUAUAUAUAUAUAUAAAGUAUUCCCUCUUAUUCAUGGAAGCACUCCCAGUAAGCCACAGAGAUGGUAAAGGAAGAACGCACAUGCAGUAAUUGGGUUUUGUCUGCUGUGAAGAAUUUUGAGACAUAGAAUGCUAGAUUUUUAUUUUUUAUUUGCCACCUUUGACAUAUUAUUUCUGUAAUCUCCUCCUAAUCCUUCCCCCGUGCUAAAGCUCAAUAUCUGAGCAGUGGAAAUGUAUGCUCUAGAAAUGGUGUGUUUGAUGUUGUGUUCUGCCGGGUGGCACUAUCUGAUACCUGCCAGCCUUGUCCUGUGGAGUUUUCUGCUACAUGUGAAAGCACUCUGAAUAUCUAUACUAGGUGGUGCACUACCUUCUCUUUAUUCUCUAAAUCAACUAUUUUUUUUUUUAAAUAAAGGAAAGAGUGUCACAAAAUUCCACGAUACCGUACGCUCAUUGCCUUUCAUGUUUAAUGACUCGAUGCUCCUGAUAUAUUCACUUUUUAUGUCACUGUCAAUUAUUUAGGCAGCAUUUAAACAGUGUUUGAUGUUUUGGGGUUGGAAGACAGGACUUGGCAUGAAGAGCAAAGUAAAGCGGUGUCACAGCAGAUCCCAUGGUGCAUUGAAUGAAAGAGAGUGGCAUUGCUGCCUUAAAAUGGCCUCUUUUUAAAAAAAUAACAAAACCUGAGGGACUGUUGUCCAAAAGACGCUGAGAUGAGCUAAUUGUAGUCAGGCAGUUAAGCAGCCUUUUUUUUUUCUUUCUUUUUUUUAAAGAACAAAAGGGAGAUGAUGAAAGUGGGAACCAUGGCCAAUUUGUCUUGUGUUUCUACAGCAUGGAGUGAGCAGAAGAGUAUUUUUGUAUGGAGCUUUAUCCCUUUUUUAACCUAAUUGUUAUCCGGCCCGUGUGUGAUAGUGAGUGGAGUUUACUGUGCCAUUCCAUCCUGGCUUUUUGUUUUACAUCACUGUUCCUUCUAUGCAAAAAUAUGACCUAUUUUAGCCUUUGUACAGAUUAUUUUGUAUGAGUAACAUGUACUGAAAUAAAGUGAACAGAAUCAACCCUGGA